AUGGAUCACAACGCGAAGAGUCCGAAGCUUGAUCUGAAGUUGCACUUGUCCCCACCAAGGUCAAGCCACCAUACUGAAUCAGCAAAUGGAUCUGUUUCGUCUAUGGAAAUCACGUCGCCUCUGAGCUCAUGCGUGUCGUCGGAGCUGAGUGUUGACGAGACUCAGCGCUAUUCGAGCAGCCCAGAAACCACAUCAAUGAUGCUAGCAGGGUGUCCUCGCUGCCUCGUAUACUUGAUGUUGUCCAAGGAGGAUCCAAGGUGCCCCAAAUGCAAGAGCACAGUACUGCUCGAUUUUCAUGAGGAGAUGAGGACCAAGAAGACAGAAAUCAAGAAGAGCUACUAG